CCUAGCGCUUCCUUUUCCAGCAGCGCCUGCGAUCAUGGCGGACGUGGUUGCGGAGCAGGUUGCGGACCAGAAACCAGUCCCGGAGCGGGAGCUGAACGGGGAGGCGGAGGACAGAGAAGAGGCCGACCCCGUCGGGGAGGCAGCGAAAAAGAAGAAGAAAAAGAAGAAGAAGAACAAGUCAGCAACGACAGAGGCUGAUGGAGUGGCUGAGGUGACCAAACAGCUGGAGAAGCAGGCGAUAGAAGACAAAGAGAAAGAGGAGGAUGGCGAGGAAGAUGGAGAUGAUGGAGAAAAUGCGACAGGGAAAAAGAAGAAGAAGAAAAAGAAGAAGAAAGGACCCAAAUCUCAGACUGAUCCUCCAUCUGUGCCCAUCUGUGAGUUAUACCCAAGUGGAGUAUUCCCCAUCGGACAGGAGUGUGAAUACCCCAUCGUACAGGAUGGUCGCAGUGCAGCGUGGCGUACGACCAGCGAGGAGAAGCGAGUUCUGGAUAAAGCCAACGAGGAGAUGUGGAACGACUUCAGACAGGCAGCCGAGGCCCACAGACAGGUCCGCCAGCACGUCCGCGGCUUCAUGAAACCCGGCAUGACCAUGAUUGAAAUCUGUGAGCGGUUGGAGGACUGUUCUCGUAAGCUGAUAAAGGAGGACCGGCUGAACGCCGGCCUGGCCUUCCCCACCGGCUGCUCCCUCAACCAUUGUGCUGCCCACUACACUCCCAACGCCGGAGACACCACUGUCCUGCAGUACGACGACGUCUGCAAGAUCGACUUCGGCACGCACAUUAACGGGCGAAUCAUUGACUGUGCCUUCACUGUCACAUUUAAUCCAAAGUAUGACAAGCUGCUGGAGGCUGUGAGAGACGCCACCAAUACUGGAAUCAAAAACGCUGGCAUCGAUGUGCGUCUGUGUGACGUUGGAGAGGCCAUUCAAGAAGUGAUGGAGUCCUAUGAGGUCGAGCUUGAUGGCAAAACAUACCAAGUGAAGCCAAUCCGCAACCUGAACGGCCAUUCAAUCGGUCAGUACAGAAUACAUGCUGGCAAGACUGUGCCCAUCGUUAAAGGAGGAGAAGCAACGAGAAUGGAGGAGGGAGAAGUUUACGCCAUCGAGACAUUUGGCAGCACAGGUAAAGGUAUGGUCCACGACGACAUGGAGUGCUCUCACUAUAUGAAAAACUUUGACGUCGGCCAUGUCCCCAUCAGGUUGCCCAGAGCAAAGCACCUGCUGAACGUUAUCAACGAGAACUUUGGCACGUUGGCGUUCUGCCGGCGCUGGCUGGACCGUCUGGGUGAGAGCAAAUACCUGAUGGCCCUGAAGAACCUGUGCGACCUGGGCAUCGUGGACCCCUACCCCCCCCUCUGCGACACCAAGGGCUGCUACACCGCUCAGUUCGAGCACACCAUCCUGCUCAGGCCCACCUGCAAGGAGGUGGUGAGCCGGGGAGACGACUACUGAUCGCCUAACUCCACCCUCCUCGUCACCACCACUACCACACAGCACCUCCAGACCCCGUUAGCAACUCCUUCAGAGGAACCACAGAAAAGAGCUUUAAAAAGGACUUUGAGGGAUGCCAAAUGCUACUGUAUUCUACCCACAAUGCACCACUCACAGCUUGCAAGGAAGAAGGAUUGGCUUUCUGAGUUUUUUGUCAUCACCCACAGCUAAAGAAAUUAAAAACGAGCCAACCCAUUUCUGUCGGAGGAAACAUAGUUUCUUGCAAUGUCCUGCGGACCUCACUUUGCAAAAUAUUCAAAACUGUCAAACCUUUAUUUCAGCUGCUGCUGCUGAAUCUAGUGCACCCCCCCAGUAUUCAAGGAAACGGCGACUGUGGGAAUACCCCUUUUCAUUUUUAAAGUUUUCUAUUGCUCCACUCUGAGCCUUCAGUUCUUUAGUGCUUGAGUUAAAUUAAGCACAAAUGUUACUGCUGGGUUUAAGAAGUGGUUAGGCCAAUGCAUGGCCAGGGAUCUCUGCAAAACCUACAACAUAGAUGUUCAUCCAGACACAUCUGCAUCUGCAUCUUAUGUUUGGCUUCUGUCGCACCGGGUGCGGACUCUGCACUCUGGCCCCCUAGUCAUUGUUUCUUUGAUAUUUUCAAAAAUAUCUUUGAAAUGGUUGCUGCCACUUUAUGUUCCCUAAUCAAAAUUUCAUUUUGAGCUCCCUAAAAAUGUUUUUGUAAGAAAGGAAAAAAAGUUGAUUAAAAUGAUUUAGUUCAUUG